AUGGUAGUCACGAUCGCUCCCCAUCUAAAUCUAUCGAAUUGCUCGACGGAGGACACGAGUUGGCUGAAGGUCGUUUACGUCUUUGAGACGCUUCUCGGUUUUCUCUCGUUUCCCGUCUUCGCUGCUUUGCUCUUUCUGAUGAGCUCGCGACGGUAUGCCGCCAAGUAUUCCUCACCGUUUUUCGUCAUUUUUCGGUGGCAAGCGAUUGCGGGUAUCUUCUGUUUUUUCCACAUUCAUCUCUUCGUCGAAUUCCCCACGCUGAACAUUUUCUGUGAUCGACUGUUGAACUCAUUUCACUCGUUCUCCUUUUACCUGACGCCACUCUACUUUUUGUCGUAUUUCCUGCAACACUUGCACUUUUGCAUCUCCACAUUGAUCAGCGUAAAUCGUUUGAGUGUGAUCACACUUGGGGCACGAUAUGUUGAGGUCUGGAAAUGGCUUCUCAACUACUCGUUGGCCGGUUGUUUUGGCACUUCCUUGCUUCUUUCAUGGCCAUUACUCUUCUCCGAGGUUGCCCUUUUGCCAAUGCAUCGUGGGCUCGGCUUUGCUUAUAAUAAGCGAAUUGAUUGGUUAUCAAACAGUCUUUCCACGGCACUCCUUUGUUUCGUUUGUGCAAUCAUCAACCUUUUAUCAACGAUCGUCGUUUUGUGUCGCAUUCGAUCGUAUCGCCGCUAUUCGCAUACAAAUCUUCUAUCGGUGAGCAUCGUGUUGGCGUCGAUCUCGGUGCUCUACUCGAUUGAUCAGGUUAUGAUCUAUUACCUCUUGCACAUGAAGGAGGAUUUCUCGCAAAGUCAAAACGCGUUCGCUCGCUUCUAUGAUGCACGCUUUCUUGUGAACACUCUUGCCACACUGUCUCCACUUUGGGCCUUGCUCAUUCUCAGUCAACAAGUUCGAUCGGAUAUCAGUGCUAUUUUCAAUCCAAAUGUGAAAAGUCCACACAAUCAACCACUCAUUAAGAAUUUU